AGGUAGCCAAGCAUUUAGAUAAUCCUUCGACUCUCACCUUCGGUGUGAUCGAAUUCAAAGUAACGGGCGCAGCAAGCACGUGUCCGCAGAUUAAAGCAUUUUAUUCGCGCAUCUGAUGAAAAGUCGGGCCAUAGCAUGCAGUUAGGGGACCUUGCAUUGUAGCCACAUUCCUGCGCUGAGAAGGAGGAAAGAAAAAAGAAAACUGUUAGGAGACUAACCAGAGGAAUACAUCCAGUUUACUUAAUGGCAGAAAACAACUUCCCUCCUCUGCCUGGAUUCAUUCCCGUGAAGCCAUGCUUCUACCAGGACUUCAAUGAAAUCCCGGAGCUGCACCGAACCAUGUGCAAGAGGCUCUACCAUCUGUGGAUUUUAAACAGUGCCACACUGGCCGUCAAUUUGAUUGGCUGCUUUGCCUGGAUGUGUGGCGGAGGAGGAGCCACCAACUUUGGGAUGUCCAUCAUCUGGCUCAUUCUCUUCACGCCCUGCUCUUACGUCUGCUGGUUUCGGCCAAUCUACAAGGCCUUCAAGACUGACAGCUCCUUCAACUUCAUGGCGUUUUUCUUCGUCUUUAUGGCCCAGGUGGUGAUCAGCAUCAUCCAGACAGUGGGGAUCCCUGGCUGGGGUGUGUGUGGUUGGCUCGCCACGAUCACCUUCUUUGGCACCAACAUCGGCUCUGCUGUAGUCAUGCUGAUCCCUACCGUGAUGUUCACGGCUGUGGCAGUGCUCUCCUUCAUCGCGCUCACCAGGGUGCACAACUUCUACCGCGGCAGUGGUGGCAGCAUGAGCAAGGCCCAGGAGGAAUGGGCCACGGGCGCAUGGAAAAACCCCCACGUCCAGCAGGCAGCGCAGCAGGCAGCCGUGGGGGCCAUGCAAGGCGCCGCACACCAGCAGGAGUACUCCAGUGCGCCCGACUAUGACUACAAUUAUGACAAUCAGAUGUAGAGCACCAGCGGGUUUGGGGGGGGGGGGGGGGGGGUAGGUAGGGUUAGAAAAAGCCUGGAAUUGACUGAUAAUAUCCAUUCAACGUCCCUGGUUACAUCAGCACUGAAUAUCCCUUGCUUUCGGAAGUGUGCCUAGUUACUUUCUGAAACUAGUUUAUGACAUGGAUAAGACUCACCUGACACAACCUGCAUCCCCCCCCCCCCCCCCCCCCGCCCCUCAUGCCUAAGUGACCCAUCCAAGCCUCCCAUUGUUGUAGCAGAUUUUGCAGAAUGUCUUUCCUCCCAACUCGUCUCCGAGCCCAUGGUCCUACUCCAUGAGAAUCAGACAUGCGUGAAGCUCACAGCUCUCGGGUUGCACUGGUUACCCGCGGCUUGGGAGCUGGCAGAUGAUGGGUGGAUUUUAUUCACUGCCAUAUGAAUGGAAACUUAUCAGAUUAUACAUGAUUAGCAGCAUUUCAUACCAAACUAGGCAAACCUUGCAAGCAGCAGUUAGCAAAUAAAUUAGCAAUUAAGUGAAGUACAUGAAAUAUAAUGAAUAGACGGAGAGCAUCAUUAUUCAUCAUGGUUUGUUAUGAUUAGCAAAUACUGUACAAUUUAGAUUUUUUUUUAAUGUUUAAAUUUUUUGUACUUUUUAGUGCUUUUAUGUAGAUUCCUGUACUAUCCACUAUAUUUUAUUUUAUUUUAAUGUUGUUGGUGUUUGUUUAUUUAACCUGGAGUUCACAAGUAUUUGCUUCUUUUUCCAUGUGGCAUCAUAAAAUAUAACCAGAAUUCAUAUAUGUAGAUUGUAAAGGUGCCAACAUGUAGUUGUUUAAGAGAAGAAUGCAAGGGGGGGGGGGGGUUAUUUCAACAUGUUAUAAUAAGGAAUUUUCUGUCCCUGUAGUUAUUAAGGGUUUCAAUUCUCAGGAAAACGGGCACAUUACAUAGACAUAGUAAAAUGAACUGUAAA